AUAGGGACGAAUAAUUUUCGGUUUGAUAUACGUUUAAAUUUAAGUUGGAUCGUGGCCAAAAGGAGAUGGUGAUCUGACCCAAUGUCAGCUCCACGAAAUGUUCGUAUAUCCUGGAUCGCCGAUUUCCAACGAUUUGCUACGCAGAUAUAAUCUAUUUCAUUUUUGGUAUUACCAUCUGGUGAUCGCCAUGUCUUUUUGUGUAUUUUCUUGAGCGUAAAGUAUGUAUUACCAAUACGUAACGCAUGGUGACUACAAAGAGGCAGUAACCAAUGGCCAUUAUCAGUGGUCACCUGUGAUGAUCCAUGGGGGCCAAUUACAUCUUCCCAUCCUCUUCCUUCUCCAUUGAUUUGAGCAUUAAAGUCACCCAUGAGGAUUAUUACGUCAUGAGUGUGUACAUCUCUUAGGACAUUGUCUAGUUGGUCAUAGAAUGCAUCCUUUUCAUGUUCUCCAGCUCCUUCUGUUGGCGUGUAUACUUGAAUCACUGUUGUUUUUGCAUGAUGUGACAGAAGACAUGCUGUAAUAAUUCGGUUGCUCACUGGUUUCAUCCCAUUAAUGACUGUGCUGCUUCCUGGCCCAGCACUAUUCCAACACCAUUGUGGUGAUUUCCAUCAUCAUUUCCUCAAUAAUUUAUUGUUUUUCCAUCGCUGGUUAUUUUUCCACUUCCCGUCCAACGCAUCUCGCUUAUGCCAAGAAUCUCAAGAUCAUGGUUCUCAAAUUCACGAAUAAGCUGACCAAGUUUCCCCGAUUGGUAAAGCAUCCGAACGUUCCAUGUCGCCAAACGCAUAGGAGUUUUUGCCGAUACAACUCUGCCCCUCAUCAGAUGAGUGACUUCCUCUCGGCUUUGAUCCCUCAUCGUCAUCAGUCCAUUAGAGGAAGAAGCAAAAUCGUCAGGCGGAUUUUCUGAGUUAUAAUGGUUAUUGCUUGUUGUUUCUGUAGCAAGAAAGGUUUUACGGGGUUGGGGAGCUAACCCAAAGCCCAAACCUCCUCCCCAAACCCCCAUUUGGGGCGCCGGGCUUGGGACCGGUGUCUAGUGGAGUUAAUACAUAGUUGCAAACAUAGACUACAUAGUUGCAAAUGAAAUCACCACAAUUACAAAACUUUUUUUCAAGGGCAGAAUCUCGCAAAGAGGAGGGGAACUGCAAUUUAGUUGUGUUUUUAUUAUCAAGGACACAGAAAUCGUUGCAAAGCUUGUAAGCAAUGCUUGGCUUCUUAAAAACUGCAGCCACAUCUUUGGUCGAUGAAUUUCUAGAUUAGAUAAGAUACGCAAUGCUGUAUCAUCUUUAAAGUUAGGCUGUUUGUCAAUAAAGCCAACAACAAAUAUGCUUGGGUUGGGGGAGAUAAAGCUGAAGUUAUAAUUAUUCAAGACUUUGGGUUUUCCAGAGAUGCCAUUCCGUGGAAAGAUCUGCUGCUGCUUUUGGAAGGUGAAACUGUCAAGCUUCCUGCUCCAUAGAAACUUUUUGUAACAGACAUUGUGAUUGGUACGGAAGUGCUAAUUUUUGCCACAACAAAGUCACCAAUCGUUUAUAUAGGCCUUUACAACAUGGAAGAUGAGGGUGAAACGAAGAUGAUGAAUAACAGGUGGAGAAAGGUCAAAUUUAGACAUGUAUUUGAAGUGGACCAGCAGAGAAGGGUGAAACCAUGUGGCAGUUGUUUUGGUAAAACUCGUUCAAAUGGGAGCAAAUAAAAAUUCCUGAUUUUGCUUGUCUAAAUUUAUAUUUUUCACAAGAGAAGGCAGAACGUGACACAUUUUGGUAUGAUAGCUUUUAUAUCUACCAUAGAAAUUGUUCCCCUCCCUACCCUUCAUUUCGUAGUCUUUUUCUUUCAUUCUUAUCAAGUUCUAUAAUUGAAAAAGUUAAUGAAACUUAGCUAAUGGCAUUUUUCUUACAAGGACCAAACUCAUUUUGUGAAAAGACUGCUGAGGAUAUUCCCAACAUUCUUAAACCUAACCAUCCCAUCCAAAAAAUACUCACGACCCCCAACAAAUGUCACCCAUAAGAUGCAAAAGUAUGUUAUUUGCUAAACAGGAGUUGUGUUACAAUAAAUGUCCACUUUACAUUCAUGCAAGAGUAAGAACUUUUGAAUGUAAACAAUAGCAAAAUAUGGCUAAGUCUCGAAAUUUUUAAGAGAAUCUUUUACAAAAUGUAAUGAGACCAGUGAUAAAAUCAGAACAAAUUUAUUGACAGUGAUCUACUAGAUUUGUAUUUAACAGUACAUCUACAACCUUCAUCUGCCAGAGGUUUAUCGUUGCUACACUGGUGUUAUCGUAGACCCUGUUUAAGCACUUUGUGUCUGUUUUAAGCGUUUUGGGUAUCCCUGUCACUAUGCAGAUUUAGUUCCAAGGUUCGGAAGGCCAGUUCCACAGCUAUGCAUGAUCUGCAACUUCGUAGUUGAUGAUAUAUUUGACAGAUUUUCUCAUCUACUAUGCAGAUUUUCUCAUCUACUGAGCGACCUGAACCAGUCGCAGCUUUCAAGAGAGAAUCUCCAGUCAUUUGCUGAUGCAGCAAACAACUAAGGUGCUGCAUUGGACAACUGCUGGGAAUUCGUUGAUGGCACAGCCAGGCCUAUAUGCAAGCCUACCCGGAAUCAAAGAGCUGUCUACAAUGAGCACCAAAGGGUUCAUGCACUCAAGUUACAGUCAGUUGUUGAUCCUAAUGGCAUGAUUGCAAACCUUCUUGGACCUUUUGGAGGUAGGAGACAUGACAUCAGACUGCUUGCAAUGUCUGGUCUACUGGAGCAGCUAGAACAACACUCCUUUUCCCUGGCAGUGUAGCUCUUUGCAUCUAUGGUGAUCCUGCUUACCCGCAUCGUGUUCACCUCCGACGCCUGUUUGCAAGAAGAGCAGCUCUCACACCUGACAAGCUCGCUUUUAAUCAGUUUGAGAGUGGGAGUUUGGAGACAUAAUGAACUCCUUCAAGUUUGUGGAUUUCAAGAAAAAUUUAACACUCACUAAAUAUUGCUACACAUAUUGAAUUUACAAACUCUCUAUUUUAUUGUUUUAUAUUCUGUUCAACAGCCACCCCUGUUUUUAUAUGCCCUUUUGUUGAUAGCUGUUCGAAAUAAAGCUAAAAGAGAAAUAUAAUCUACUCAUGAAUGUAAGUUGUACUUCUGUUAAAAAAACAAAUUGCACUUUCAGGCCAACAUGCAGGUCAACCAGGAAUCCAAUUUCAAAAAGAAAUCAAUACAUAGCUUUUUGAUGAAAUCCUCUCGCAUUUGAAAUAAUAGCUACAGUCAAUAUUGCUUAUAUACUAAUCAUCAGUAGCCGGAUCAUUAAUAUGGCAAAAAUCCAAAAUUGAGAUGAAAUAGCAUAAUGCCAUUUCUCAACUGGAAAGGACAUGUGCCAUUUUUGUAAAUAGUUGCCGUAAAAUGUCUUUGUGCAGCAGCAUUUGAUAAAAAACUCAAUUGAUUGUUCAAGUAAGAGUGUUGCUUCCAUUGAUUAUUGCAAAGUCAAAUUGCUACAGAAAAGCAACAGGAAAACCUUCAAUAAAAUGUUUCCAAGGUAAUGCAGAGGCAAUACAGAUAAUUUGAAACCAUUUCAGAUAUCAAACAGUUGUAAUACUAUCAGGGUCUUAUUUGAUUGACAAAUAAAACGUAACUGCAGUUUACAGUAAAAUAUGAUUAACUGCAAAAUCAGACUUUAUUUAAAAAGCAAAACUAUAGUUAAAAAGUACAGCUGUAAACAAAUGACCAACUGUAAAACUUUAUCUCGUUGGGAUCACAAAUUUUGCUUAGGAAUUACAAAACAAGAUAGAAAUGGAGUGGAGAAAAUUUCAUUACUUAACACGACAAAUUUGAAUGUUCUUUUUAAGGGAAGGUCAAUUGCAUAAAAUAAAGCAUAGAGCAUGAUGGACUUAAGUUUUUAACUUGAAAUCUACAAAUCCAAGAGUGUACAGCUGGCAUUCACCACCAGUUUUUUUCCCUCAUUUCUAGCUCUCGUCGCUUAAUUUCCCACUCUCCCUCCAUUUCCUUUUCUUUCAUCUUCACAUUUACUUUUCAUUUAUCUCAAUCUUUUUUCUUCUUUAUCCAAACUCUUAUCUUUUUAGCUCCGCCUCUCUAUCAGCCUUUUCCCUCUUAUAGUACAUCACCUCAGUGUCCUUGUCCAAAUCAAUCAAUCAGCCAAUUGAUUCUGCAGUGUCCUUCUCCUUUUCAACUACUUUCCCCCAACCCUUAACAUGACAGCUUGUGCCUCAGUGACCCUUUCAAUAAUGUCUUGAUUUGCUUGCUCCAAUUCAGUGGGUUCUUGUGGACUGAUACCACUAGCACGCUCUUUCUCUGCCAUCUCUAUUUUGAAGCUCCUCUUCAAAAACGGUCCCGGAAUGCUCUUUGACCUAGACUAAAAUCUGGUUGGCCAAUUUUAUCUAAAUUAGUGGGCACCUUAUUCCAACCGUGACCACGUUUCCAAGAACCCAUUUUAAACUGGUAAGGCUCCUCAACAAGGAUCUCUCUACAGAGCAGUGUGUCAUGCUCAAGGGUCCAUUCCAUUUUUGGUCUAAUUAAUAGAACAUUGAAAUAGAAUAAAACUCAAUAAGGAUACAUAUCUGAGCCAAAUCAAGAAUACAUUUAUAUUCAAAGCUCAUUUACUCUGAAAUCUCAACAAGCAAUCUGUAAAAUAAUAUAUAUUUAAAAACUAAAACCACUCUUCAUAGCAGUUAUAGAAUGUUAUCAUGACAUAAAUUAAUUUUGCUAAGGCUAUAAGCCUUUUACAGUUCAAUCUUAUACCGAGUUCUACUUGUAAUUGUAACAAAGAUCUUGGGUUGACUGAAAGGGUAAGCUGAAAAGAGGAGCUCUAAUCUAGAUUUAGGGUUCCUGGAUCCUGAAAGAUGGGAUGUUGUUUUUUUUGUAUCCAUAUUUUAGUUGGCAUGUACACAAAUAGUUAAUAAAUUUUGAAUCAAUGAAUACUUCUAUCUGGAGCCUAAAGCAAAAUUACAAAUGGUUUACAAAAGAAUUUCGAUAGGUUUUCUUUUGGUUAAAUACUCUAAACAGGCUUUGGCAUUAUUACGAGGUGGGGAGGAAAAGUAUUCUCACAAUUUUUGUGGACAAUUGUACUAUCUUCACCAGAAUAUCUGCACAACUUCUUUCACAAAAUUUUCCUUUUUCGUAAAAGAAUAUCUUUACAAUUUCUUGAUGAGAUUUUUUUAUCCCUUGUUCUUGCAUAUAGACGAUUUGCAGUGUUGACAUUUUUCUCUAAAAAUUCCGCAUGCGUAUUGCGUGGCAGGUCAGAGUCAAGAGUGAGUGUCGAAUCGAAGCAUGCAAAACAAAACAAACAUUCGUCUGUCGUCUGCUCAUGUGAAGUUUAAGUUCAACAAUGCCUGAUUUUUGUUGUGCUUAUGGUUGCAGCAAUAAAAGAACCAAAGGAUCCAGUCUUAGUUUUUAUUGGAUACCAUUUGGAACCAGCGAAGAAAGUUUAGCUCUGCGUCAGCUAUGGAUAGCUGCCAUCAGGAAGGAGAAAUGGACUGAGAAGCAAAUCGACAAUGGAAGAAUAUGCAGUGCUCAUUUAAUAAGUGGUAAGAUAAUUGCUUUGAGUUAAUAGAAAACUAAGUAUAUAAAAAUUAUAUCUUCAAUGCUGAUAAUUUUUUAUUAGCUAGCUUAUUGUGUCCACAUGCUAAUUUUAUGAUCUUGUGUUGCGAUAUUUUUUAGGCCAACGCUCGCUGGACAAAAAUUCACCAGAUUAUGUGCCCUCUGUAUUUUGCUUUGCAAAUAAGAUCACGGAAACGAAAAGAAAAACGAAAUUUGAUUGGUCGUUUUUUGAAGCGCCAGAAGGUAACAGAGUCUUCCAUGAUGAUGGAGAUGAAGAGCCCAAUAUGGCAAUUGGAUUUGAAUCAAAUGUUGACAUACCUAAUGAAACUGAUGCAUGUUCUAUACCUGCCAUGAGCAAAGAUGUGUCAUCUCAAAGCAAAGUGGACAAAGAAGUUCAAACUGAAAAUCAGGCUUCAAGGCAUGUGAGAAAAUUGAAUCUGUACCUCAGGAUUAGUAGCAGUGAUAAGCUCAUAAACUUUUACACUGGUUUGCCAAAUACUGCUGUGUUUCAAUGGGUGCUUUCUCUAAUUGCCGUGAAAAAGAUUAACAAGUGCACCAAGAUCACAAAAGAGGAGCAUUUGCUGUUAAUUUUGGUGAAAUUAAAAUUGGGUCUUUUGAAUGCAGAUCUUGCAUUUCGUUUUGGUGUAGAACAGUCCAAUGUAAGCAGAAUUUACAACCACUGGAUUCCUGCACUCUCUGAGGCUAUGGAAUUUUUGUUGAUAUGGCCAGAAAGAGACCAAUUGAGAAAAAACAUGCCUAAGUGUUUCAAGAAUUAUAGAAAUUUUGUUGCAAUAAUUGACUGCACAGAAAUUUUUAUUGAAAGACCUUUCAACUUGCAAGCACGUGCACAAACUUGGUCUAAUUAUAAAAAUACAAACACUAUCAAGUAUUUGAUAGCUAUCACCCCUGCUGGAGCAGUGAGUUUUUUAUCGCAAGGAUGUAGAGGGCGAGUUUCCGACAAAGAAAUUACAAUGAGUUCAGGUUUUUUAAACUUCCUACAACAUGGGGAUUUAGUACUUGCUGACCGUGGAUUCACCAUCUCAGAAGAACUUGCAACUCGUGGAGCAACUUUAAAAAUUCCUGAGUUUACCAAGGGAAAGUCCCAAAUGUCUGCAAAAGAAGAAGAUGUCUGCAGGAAAUUAUCCAAUGUGAGGAUACACGUGGAAAGAGUGAUUGGGAGGCUAAGAAAAUUUAGAAUCUUGCAAUCAACAAUAUGUAAUGAAAAUCAUUUCAGCAUUAGUAAAUAUAAAUAACAGUGUAGUUUCGAAAGGCUAGAAUUGAUAUGGUUUUAACCAAUGAUACUCUCUAGUUAAGAAGGCAAGAAUAAUAUUUCUUUGCAAUCUGUUGUGGACUGAAAAUGAUAGGAAUUAGAACUAGACUUGAGUUUCCAGUGUUUAAUUUUGAUCAACUUUUGCAGGAAUUUUGACAUGACAAAGAAAAUUUUAUUUUGGCCUGUGCAAUCUGGAGAGUAUCAUGGUAGAUUUUCCAUGAUGCAUUUACUGCCUAUUAUUUUUACAGUCUUUACAAAACCAUUUGCCUUUUGGUUUGGUUAAGAAGCUUGGGCGGUUGCAAAUGCAGUAAUUUUUUUCAUUUUGUUCAAUUUCACUAGGACUAUUUUUCCGUGACAGCAGCUCGGGAAGGAUGACAAUUUCGAAUGGUUUUUCAUAUUUUCCGAGCAUCUUUGAACAUAAAUCUUCAUCUUUGUCAAUCUUCAGCAAUAUAAAAUUGCUAUUUACAGGGUCCAUUGUCCAGAUAUAGAGAUAGGCAAGUGGUAAACCUGUUACCAGCAUUUGAAGUUGCAUUUGAAAAUAGUAUUGAUGACUUUUCCUGAUUUCUCCAUCUGGUGAUAUGGGAAAGCUGGAGUCAGAUUCCCAACCUUUAAGGCAAUGUCUGUAUUUGAAAGGGAAUUUUAUUUCUAAAACCCCUUGGCCAUGACAGGCACAAGAAACUAGUCCAUCUGGAGUUGCCCCCAAAUGUGGCAAAUUUGAGCUAGCAUGCCGUCCUGUCUCAGCCACAGUAACUUUUUCAUAGUGAAGGUUGAAGUGCUCAACAAAUGACUUCCUAGCAACUACUUCCAUUUCUUUACCAUAUUUUGUAGCUGCAACUUCAACAGGUGGUUCAUAUUGCAUCACUUUGUUUAAAAAAGUUUUAGAUGGUGCAUCUAUUUUUGUUCCAUAUGCCAUUUUGGAAAUGGAUGAUGUGAUUCUCCCAACUCUGUGAAUUUUCCAGGCUUCUGACAAUUUGCUUCUUAGUUAUUGUACAUAAAUUUGAAUAAUGCUUGUGGGUAUAGCUUCUCUUGUACUGUGAGAAGACUUUUUUUGGAUAGGUGAUGAGGCUUUCAGUAUCAAAGUUAAUCGCUCUUGAUUCAAAUAAACCAGAAAGUGGCUCUGGAAUGCAGUUACUGUCUUCUUCAUCAGCAGUGCCAGUUGCCGUGAUUUUUUCCAAGAACAUAAUUUGCUUGUUGAUGCAACUUUGUUCAACUCCGACAGUGUGCAAGCUUGUAAUUUAAAUAACAAUGCUGCAACAUGACUGCAAACUGAACCAAGUCUAAAAAGAAAAAAAAUAUAUCAAUUAUUCAAUUUUAACAGACAAAUUUCUCAAUAAUUCAUUUACAUGCAGAAAAAUCUAAUUCUGGCGUAUUUCCAUAUGCCAAAAAUAUGGAAGAUAGAAUGUCUAAAAUUUAGUCUAAAAGUUGCCUUUAAAAAAGUAUUAUGAAAUAAAUGACCCUUCUGGGCAACUGGCAGCUAUACUAUUGUAACAAAUUACAUUAAAUGGCAUGCAUUGUGUAUAUAACUUUAUUGUGUGUAACAUAAAAUAAAUAAAGUAGUUUUGUGCAAUAUAGGCCUAGAGAUAUUUGAAAAUUCUAAAAAUAUAUCCUUACUCAGUCACAAUCUUUUUCGGUAAACAACUGUUCAGAUGAAAAGAAAUAAUAGAACUAAGUGCCAUAGAAAUACCCUGCCAUGCAAGUGCAAUUUGCUGUGAGUAUCCAUCCUUCACUCUUGUUGAGACAUACCCAAACUUUGUAGAGUUUUUGCUUCAAUCCUUGACGCUGGCUUGGAAGAACCUCGGAUUUAAAGAAGCAAAACUUGUUUUUUUCUUCCACUUCAUGAUAGAAGAUGUUGUGAACGUGACCAGACACGAAAAAAUUGUACCCCUCUAGCGAUUUAUAUGCUUUCAAAGACUCUCGACUAAAACAACUUGGAUAGUAGAUCAGGUAAUUAUAUAUGUCCGCCCAAGUGAUGUCAGGCAGCAACAUAAUGUUAUCUUGCCAUGUUUCAAGCGUGAAUGGGUCAGGAAGACGUUCUCCAUUUGUUAGAGUUAACUUUCUAACAUAAUCUGCUUUGUCCUUCUCAGCUAAUUUAUUAAAAUACUCGGAGCGAUCACUUUUUUCAGCCAUGAUUUCAACCUCAGUUUUGUUUUGUUGUAAACUGGAAGCACGCAGUGACUUGGUCUGCCACUUACGACGCAUGCACGACAUUCACGCGUUGCUUUUAAACAAUGCAAAUCAUCUAUUCCAAAAAAUGUCUUAAUGUCAUUUUUGUGAGAUCUUGCUUUUCCCUAAAAAAUGUGUCCAGAUAAUAAAUAACAUUCUUUUAACUUCAUGAUGAGAAUUUUGCUGAUCGUUUGAUGAGAUUUUUUAGUCAAGGGAAAAUGGUCCACCGAAUAUCAGACUCACCCCUAACCAAACUAAGGCAAAACUGUUAUGGUAGGAAAUACAGGGGCAGCGCAUCAGAGAUGUCAGACCUGAUUGAAGCAAUAAGAGUGUCAAGCCACAAGAAAACAGAAGAGAAAGAAAAGCUUUCUAUUGGUGAUGUGCUCCUAGACUGUUCCCUUCAAGAAGAACAAAGAUUGCUGCACAAGAUAAUUAGCCAAGCAGUAGGCCUAAUGAUAACAAGCAUGGUAAAACGGCAGUGAAUUUUUGCAACAGACCGCAAAAUCAAGUUCAACAUUCAACAAGAAAGUGGCAAAAUCCAUGAGUACUGUCACGACCGUGCACAAGGAUGUGUUCUGUCUGUUUAAUCAAAAAGGCCUCCCAAAAUAUGCCAGAAAGACAAAAUCGGACAAAGAAGGAUAUGUUAAGUGUGCUGUAAAGUUUACUUCUGAUAUGGGGCAGGAGGAAAUAUUCUCAACGUUUAGAAAAAAAUUCCAUGGUAAGUUUGGUGGAAAUCUUCCACUAUUUAAGAUCUUGAAAGCCUAUUGAUCUGAGCUGGUAAAACCUAAUUUGGAUGUAAAAUGGAAUUUCAGAAUCCUCAUGCACAAUGCUAGAUUCUUGGUCGCCUGAUGUAAAGCUUUUCAAUGAUAUAUACACAUCAGUAUUUUAACGACGUCAGCAAUUUGUAAUGAUGACGUUAUCACUUUAAAAUUGGCCAUCUUUCAGACUCUCAGAAAAAGUUGGACACGCCUUUUUAAAUAUUUAAAAUCUAUUUCAAAAUUUUUGGAUAAGCAACUUUCUCAAGCAGCAUUUUCGUAAUCAGGGUUUUUUUGCAAGAAUGAAAAUGGAAACAGUAAAGUACAUCAAUUAUCUAUUUACGAGGAAGAAAAAAGCAAUUUUAACUUAAUGAUUUCUGAACGCCAAAUUAAGCUUCUUUUCUUUACAAAGCAAGUUUUCAAUUCGCACUGGUUUUAGAAACUUCUAAAAGGGUGUCCAGUUUAAUUUUGUCAUCAAAGUUUCUCUCAAUGCUAACUUUCAUACGAUGUUCCAAGCGUUGGUCUGACAUUGAAGCACGCAAGUAAUUUAUUUAUUAUCUUCACUUUUCUGAGUGCUCUUUCGCAAGAUGCUAAUGUUACCAGCAAUGUUGAAAUGAUCUUGAUAACCCUGAAUAAAUCUGGAAAGAGAUUGCAUAAUUCAUUUUUGCCGAAUAUUUUAAGAAAUGUUGAAAGGCACAGCCAUGUCUCUUGCCUUUUAAAUGCUUUGUCACUCUCUCCUCUUUCCUUCUCCUUCAAAUAAUCUGCAUAUUCCUUUUUCCAAGUUUCAACCUUGGUUGAUUGCGAAAAUAACGUAAACUGAUGAUCAACACGUUUGUUUCCAUGUCGUCGAUCGCUGCAAUCUGCUUUUCUUUCCGCAUGUUUUCUUCCAUCAGUUUGUAGGGUGGAAUGUCUUGCUUGAAGCAAAAUAUCAUAGGCCAGAGAAGAAAAUCUUCUGUCAAGCUCAUUGAUGAGUCGGUCCAGGAAGGGAAAAUAUAGAUCUCUCUAGAACCAAUUCUUCUGAGACUGAGAUGGAUCCAAUUGAUUUUCUUCCAUAGCGCUGCUUUCUCAAUAUAGGAUUCUAGAGCCAUUACAAAAAUGAGCUUGGAUGGUGCGUUUCCUCUUCUUCAAAGCUAGUUACUUGAAGUUGUCACAUCCGGCAGUAAUUGUCCACUUCUUGAAUGAAUUCCUCCAUUUUUGCAUCAUUUUUGAGAUCUUGUAAGGCCUGCUUCAAAGAUUGGACUUCAGAGACAGCUCUUUAAACUGCAGAUAUUCCGUGUCAGAAUUUCUGACACAGAUUUGAAUAGGCCAAGGCAAGGGUAUGAUGUAAUGAUGAUGUAAUGGAGAUGGAAAGUUCUAGAUUGAGAAAUGAGAGAGGCUGAGUAAGCAUGACGCAAUGUAGCAAUGUAAAGCUGAGAGACACAGUUUAAAUUAACAGCACUAUAAAAUGAGUAAAUACUUUAUCGCUACAAAAGAUCAAUCUUGUCAUUGUCUACUGCAAUCUUUCUCCAUAGCUUUGGGCAUAAGAGGAGCAAGUAGUUAAAAAAGGGAAUUCUAAAGACUCUUUAACAGUGUGACUACUGGGGAACGUUCCCUAGUAGGCCCAAUGCUUUCCCCAGUAGUGAACACCAAAAUCACAGAAUUUCCCCAGUAGUUGGGGCCCUUUCAUCUCUCACUUACCGACAUAUUUAUUUUUUGAAAAUCAACUUUUAAAUCAAGUUUAUUGAAUUUAUAAACUAAACUCAAGAUGUGAACGGUUUCGAAAAUUGAAAGAUAAUAAAAAACCGCCUUUACGCAAACAAACAGAAUUUGUUUUUACUCCCAAAUGCCUUUGGUGUUUUAUUUGGUAUUGUUUAUAACAUCAGGCCCCUCCUCCCCUCUGUUGUUCUGUACUUUUUCCAUUCAGGUUUUUUGUCCUGUCGUGUGAAAGUAAAACAGAUGUUGCGGAUGUCCGCUUUCAUCCACCCCCUUGUGUAAUUCCUUUGUCUCAAUCGAACCUAUGUCGUCAUUCUGACGCUUUUUGUUUAAAUGUGUGAUCAUUGACAGAACAUCUAUAUAUGUAUAUCAAGGUCAAGGAAAAGUUUAGAAAUAUUCAUUCGCAAUUGAUUUUCGCAAUUGCAACGAAGAACAAAAUGAAACAAAAAAAGAAGUGUGGAAAUGAUAAAAAAACGAAAACAAGAAGAAAGCGUUAGUUGCAGCAGCAUUGGCCCCAGGACAGAAAUCAUUGGUUGAAAUGUUUUCCCAACAAACUGUGAAACCCUCAUCGUCGAUAUCCAAGGAAUCAAAUGGGGCCCCUGAAGUUGUGCACGUUGGGGAAGAAAAAUUUGCUUCCAGUUCGAAAGAAAAGAAUGAGCAAAAUGACAAACAAAACGAAAUCAAGCAGCCUGAAAGCAAAGAAGGUGACGCGAAUUCGAUGUGGUACAAAGGGAAGAAACUUGACUCAAGCUGGUUAAUUUUGUCAGAAUGCUGUCUCAAAAUUCAUACAGAAAUGAAAAACAAGAAGCGACACCAGGUAAUGACAUGUGAGUUGUGUAAGAAAUACGAGGAACAGGUUGUAAAAUUCUCUGUCAAUGGACGCCUGCCUAUGGCAUCUGGAGUACGAAUUGACGGGAAAGAAAAACUGAAAUGGGUUAUAGAUCAAUCAGAGUCGCCUUCGCACAAUGAAUCCAAAAGGUUGAAGGAGCACGAAGAUACAUGGAGGAGUAUGUCAACAGAUCAUCCAUGGGUGAGGAUGAUUGAAAAACACAAGAAAGAAACUUUGGAAUUUCUUCUUAGAUUGGCUGUGGAUGUCUACAAUGACUGCAGAGCCGAAACACUAAGUGCAAGAAGUUGGCCAUCAAGAUCUCUUUCUUUCGAGCAUAGCAAUAAUUUAAUGCGAGUUUUUCAAUCAGAAGGGUGGGAUGCUGAUUUUGUUGGUUUCGAGAAGUCAAGCUUUUAUCAUUACAGAGGUCCCGUCACCUAUCCUGAAAUGAGAAAUAUUGUUGUUAAAUUUGAAAUGGAAAAAGUUGCAGCUGAAUUGAAAAACUGCAUUUGUUAUUCCUUACAAAUUGAUGGAAGUUCUGAUAGACAGCAAAUUGACUCCAAGUUCAUAAGAGCAAGGUAUGUGCCAAUCAAUUAAGUCUGCGUUAAAACUGUAUUUCUUGGAGUUGCAAGCAGUGACAGGGAUGGUGCUGCUGGAAUGUUAGACUCACUGAUCAGUUGUUUGGAAUCGGUGAACGUAGAUACAGAAAAACUGGUUGGCGUUACGACUAAUGGGGAAAGUGCCAAUACAGGAAAGAAGGGAGGUCUCUGGAAAUUGCUGAAAGAUCAUGUUGGCAGGGACAUUCUGACUGCUUUGUGUGUAUGUCAUAGAUCAGAUUUGGCUCUCGAAUCUUUGCAAGCAGAAGUGCCUGAGCUGCCGAUCUGGUUGAGCAAUUUGCUAGCUUUGGUCAACUUUUUUAGAACAUCUCCACGAAGAACGAAAAUACUUCAUCAAGAAGAUGAACGUUGCUUGACGUUCCCAAAACAUUUUGAGGUUAGAUUUGCGCAGCACACACUUAAUCUGAUCAGGGCUGUUUUGCAUAAUCUUAAGGCAGCUACGAAAGUGUGGGAGAAAAGGGUAAGUGGUGAAAUCGCAUCAGAUAAAAAAGAAUGUGCCAUGGCACGUGGUUUUAUGCAAAAAUGGAAUGUUACUUUGCAUCAACUAUGGCUGACAACACUUAUGUACGAUUUGUGCAAGAUAUUUGAAAGGCUUCAAAAGAUAUUUCAAAAAUCAUACCUCAUACUACCAGACGUCAUAACAGCAAGGAACUCCAGUGUCGAAAACCUCAAGAUUAUGGAUCAAAUGCCUAUUCCAGGUGGUAAAGAAGAAGAUCAUUUAAGGAAAUUGCAAGAAGACAGCGCAAAUAACGAAGCAGAGCAAUGUAGGAGAAAAACGGGAAAUCAUUUCGUCACUGCGAUGAGAAGAGACAACAAGGAACACGGGAACUGUGUAGGCCCUUAAAUUGAGAAAAAUGAUGCAAGCCAGUCAAGGCAUCAUGAAAAAGUUUCUGGCAUCUUUUUUAACAAUGACCCCUCACAGCAUGGCGACUGAAAGAGUAGUCUCGCAUUACAACAACAUCAAAAGUGUGAAACGAUCAUCCUUGCAUCAAGAGACGAUCAAUGGUGUAAUGAACAUAUCUCUAAAUGGGAUAGGCAUUGCCUAUUAUGAUCCAAGACCGGCUGUGUUCACAUUUUUAAAGAAGAAAGACAGGCGAAAUGCACAGCUUUGCAGUGAGCUUUACAAACAAAGAGAUUUUGUCAAAAAGUUUUUUCAAAGUGACAAUGGCUGUCUUUAGUUUACUAUUAUAUGUUUGUGCUGUGGCUAAAAACUUGUAACUACGAAAAUUCAUUAAUUAAAACAGUGUGUUUUACAGCAGCAUAUACCUGUGUGCUUCUUUUGGCUAUUACACUUUUGGGCCCUUUUUGCAAAUUUUCCCCAGUAGUUGAAAUUCCUUAAAAAAUGCCCUGCUAAAGAGGAUAGUCGUUUUUAUUAUUUUAUUUUUAUAUUUUGUACUUGCGCAUGGAGAAAAGGAAGAGGAGAAGGACGAAUUUGAUGCAGUUUGCUGCGAAGAACCAAAGACAGUCUGUUCGAUCAUGGCAAAGUUUGCACAGAAGGAUUAUUGAAAGCAAUAGGAAAAUUCUCAAGUGAUUCUGUUCUUGCUUCCCACCUUAUAUGCUUUGAAUUUUCGCCGGAGAGACAGGUAAUAAUCGCUUAGAUCAUGUUACUUUUGCCUUGGCCUAGACCUGAUCCAUCAUGUAUUGACUGGAACACCUUUUCCAAGGCAUUAUUAAGUCAACUAUUGUUAUGUCAGUGUGCAUUACCUGUAGUGUACAGUUUGGAAUAGACCUUGAUCUUGACCUAACCUGUUUCUUAUGCCUUACCCAAAAUUGUGAAAAAUGAACAAACUUCAUGUGGGUAAACCUUUAUUUUUAGGUACAGAUAUUGUGCUGCUGGCUCAGAUAACAAAAGAGAUGAUGCAAAGCACAGAAAGAACAAGAUUAAAAAUGAAGCUUGUGAGUUGCCCAUGUUUUAGAACCAAAUCUAAAUGAAAAAGAUUGAUGGAAUAGAUGAAUCCUGUUAAAAUUUAUUAAAGAUAAUGUGCUUUUAUUGUUGGAAAUUGUUGUCACAAUCAUGUAAGUAAAAUGAAAAAUUUUGCAAUUUUUAAAUGUAAAUUUCCAACCAGAAUAGAAAUGUCACUUAGAUCAUAACUUUGUUGUUCAAGUAAUGUGUUUCUUAAUUCAUAGUUUUAUCUUUGCUACAGGGAACAGGAGGUGUUUAACACCUAAAAAAUAAAUCAAACAAGAACCAAGGACUCAUCAAAGUCCUAUCUUGACCAGAGAUCAGAAAAUUGCUUCUGAUGAUACACUUAUUGUGGAUAUUGAGAACAUUUCUGUUUCCAUUGACAAGACAGGAAAUGUGACAAUUUUGAACUCUGACUCAGAAAGUGAUGAUGAAUCUGAUGCAAUUUCAAUGAGUAGCACAGUAUCUGGAGACAUUGCUUCAUUUGAAGAUGACAAAAAGUUGUAUUUUUUUAUGAUUUAUAGACCGGUUCAUGAUGUUAGUUGCAUCAUGGGUAAUCAGGGCAAGAAAAAAAUAUUACGUAGGCCUUCUUAAUAUAACAGUGCCAUUUUCAUCCAAGCAGCGAAGAAUAAUGACAAUUUUGCAAUUAUCAUGCCUAACUAUCGGUGUGCGUUGGUUGUUGUGACAACAAUUCAAGGUAUCUAGAGAAAUGUAUCAAACGUGGCCAUGUUGAGGGACCAUUGAAAUGGCACAACAUUCCAAAAGAUCCUGAAAUGAGAGCUCGAUGGACUAAGCGGAUUGCGGAAUAGUUAAAGAAUUUUGUACCUUCUGAUAACAAGGUAGUUUGCUCCAAUCAUUUUGAGUACGAGAAACCAACAUUCUCCCCUCCUGUGCCCACAAAGUUUUUGAAAGAGAGCGAUAAAUAAAAGGCAUCUCCAAAGAAACAAAGAAAAAUUAUGAAACAUGACGCUCCAGGGCCUUGGAAAUCCAAAUGCCCAAAUGUAAAAGAAGGGUGGUGUUCAAUGCGCACUCAUCAAUCCAAUGCGCACUCAUCAAUCCAAUGCGCACUCAUCAAUCCACUAGCAUACCAUUCCCUCACCUUUUCUGCCAUAACCAGGGAACAUGAUGCUACACAAUUUACAGGAAUGUCUUGCAUAGAGUUUCAAAUUGUUUUCAAACACUUACAAGAAAAGGCAAAUGUCAUGCAUUAUUGGAAAGGACCUUUGGAUGCUCCAAAGAAAACUUCUGAGCUACGAAAAUACGCCCAGCAAAGAGCAUUGACACUAAAACAGGAAUUUCUUUUAUGUAUGAUGAAGUUAAAACUUGGACUUUUUUGUAUGACAUUGCAUUUAGAUUUGCUGUCUCUGAAAGUACAGCUAGUUCAGUUUUUACAACCUGGAUCAAGCUAAUGGCCAACGAACUGAAGUGGAUGAUUUGUUUUCCUGACAGAAGAAUGAUUACAAGAAACUUGCCAUCCAUGUUUAGAAAAUAUUACCCUAAAGUGAGAGUAAUUAUUGACUGCACAGGAAUGUUUAUUGAGACACCAUCAAGUCUGGAAGUGGCAGCAAUGUGCUGGUCUAAUUACAAACAGCACUUUACAGUAAAGUUUCUGAUUGGCAUCACACCCAAUGGUUUUAUUUCAUUUCUUUCAGACACUUAUGGUGGAAGAGCUAGUGAUGUUCAUAUAGUGAAUGACUGUGGUUUCUGUGAAAGCCUGCAGCCAUAUGACUAAGUUAUGGCGUUUGGAAAAUAACACUGCUAUCUCCUCCAUCCAUCUCCAUUGAAACAGCACCAAGAUUUGGCAUUCAUUUAAUCAAGAAGAUUUUCUCCAAAUGUUCAACUAGUAACAAUUGAUUACUGAAAAGGCUGAGAGUUUGGUUUGGUUGCAUAAAAUGAUCCUGCUCGCUGAUUUUAUGCCCAAAAAUGGCCUUUCGUGCCUGUCACUUCUCCACAUAGUGCAACAACAUUAGGGCUGAAAACCCUGUCAUUGCCAUAAAAUGUUCUGGAGAUUAACAUGAUAGUGGCUGCUUGGCAAUAAGCUAUUCCUUGCAUUUUACUUACAGAGAAUCACCUCCCAGCUCGUGGAUCUAGGCAUAGCAGCGCCGCCAUCGAUGCCUCGCAUUCGCGUUCAUGAAAUAACACAGGAUGGUUCUGAUGAUUAUAAUGAUGGUCAUGCCCUCUCGAAAUGGCAUGACUAGCCUUUGUUCUCUCCUGCGUCACUCCUAUUGUUAGGCAUGACCAAACAUAGGGAACCAGCGUUGUGGGCAUGACUAAAACACAGGGUUUGGUCAUGCUCAUAGUUAUGGGCAUGACUAAAUUGGAAACCCUCUGUUUUAGUCAUGUCCGACAAUAGAAGAGCGCUUUCGGAGGGCUCCAUAUUGUUGCGUGGAACCAUAGGGCUCCAAAGGCCUGAGCUAUUUCAUCAGGAGAAUACGACUGAGCUAUUUCAUCAGGAGAAUACGACUUUAUUCUUACGAAAAUAUAAUUUUUUGAAAAAUGUUAUCUCUGGAAAUAGAUGGUCAUGCCCGGCAUGACAAGCAUGACCGCUAGCUACGCCACUGGGUACAUCCUCAUCUACUGGUGGUGCAAAACUGAUAUUCAUAACAGCAUCUGGAUGUUCUGUCGUACUGAGUGAUUCUUUUUCUCCAAUUGUAAUAACCCUCUGAGCAGAUGGUCUUGGGUCAAAUUCUUGCUUAGCUAUAUUAUUGAGGGAAUAGUUUGGUACAGGAUUGUGGCUUUUGUGAGCCUGAAAGUCAAUAUCCUUUUUUGGGUUCAAUUUCUCGGGAACUUCUAUUCCAAAUACAAGCUUGAUCUGUGCAGGAUGGGUCUGUCAAGCCUGUUUCAUUGGCAAAUUCAACUUUGUAGAGCAGUGCAAUAACAUGGUUGCAGCAUUUGCUGUAACCAGCAGUGCAGCUGCAGUAUGCACAAAGAAUCUCACCAGAAGGCUUGCAAACAACCCAAGCCUUGUGUGGUUGCCCUCUAACACUUUGAGAUGGAGUAACUUCACCAAAUAAUAUUCAGAAAUGGACUUCGAAAAAAUUUGGUGAACAAAACCACUUUUAUAAAACGAGUAAGCCUUUCUGAUCUUGUAUUGACCAAUAUAAUCAGUUGAAAAAGCUUUCAUAUUUAAAAUAUAAUUGAAUAUAUGUCCAAGAUUUAUUUUGGGCCUUUUUGUCAGAUCUUCAGACCAGUCAACCAUUUCAAAUGGGUCUUGUUGCAUGCCAUACUGCUGUAACAGUUUUUGGUGAUCGGUUUGCAAGGUUUUUGCAAUAUGUUCUGCUGACUCUUUCUCAGGUACUUGUUGCUCAAAAGCGACUAAAGCGAGAGCAGCUAAAUCUGAGUGAGUACCGCCUAUUUGCAGGGCACUUUGCUGCAAAUAAAACUUCAAUUCUUCAGCACUCAAGUCAAUGAAGUCUUUGAGGUGUUUGGCAGCCAUUGUCAACGUCAAAACAUGUACCAAACAAAGCAAUUUCUAGCAAGGCUCACCUCGAAAUCUGUCAAGAUCCUUCUUUUUUUCACUGCUUAGAUUGAAUAUGACUUUUAUAUCAAGUCCUGCAACUUAUUCUAAAGGAACUGGAAACUUUUGAUAUUGUCGAGCUUACAAAACAGUAGAUCACACAUGACACAUUGCCGCCAUAUUAAAUUUUCUUGCCCUGAUUACCCAUAAAGCAACUGACGUUGUGAACCGGUCUUUUUAUGCAUAUGUUUUAUUUUGAUUUGAAUGGUGUAGAGAUAAAGAAGCAAUUUAUUUUGUUUGUGAGACAAAAGUUUUCUUUAUAAAAUUCUUCAUUUGAAAGAUAAUGGUCAUCAUUUCAAUGAAAGGUCAAUCUGCUUGCUGUUGCAAAAUCAAGCUAAAGAACUAUCAAAUGUUUUCUUGAUAAAAUAUUGAGGUCAGAAAUCCUUAUUUCUAGAAACAAAUACUCGAAGAUUCAGAAGUUUUGUAAGUUUGCUAGGAUCAACCUGUUUUGCAAGAGUAUUUUUACCAAAUAUCAGUCAAAGUACAUGGUGGCAGUUACGGAAGAAUGGUGGAAAUGUUUGACAGAUGAAAUCAAGUCAAAUAUAAAGGAGCCAUGCAAACUUGCUGGAGACGGUCAGUGUGAUUCUUCUGUGUUUUUUGCAAAAUACUUGUCGUAUUAUCUUCAGGAUAUAGAUACAGACCUUAUUGUACAUGCAGAAGUACUUGAUAAGCGAAUGACAGGUGCUAAUUCUACAGCUAUGCAGCGAGUAGCUCUAAAUAAGUCACUGCAAAAACUAAAAAAUGAUAUCCCCAUAAAGGAGCUGGCAACUGAUGCAUCAUCAACUGUUAUUAAAGAUAUGAGUAAGUACAGCAAAUUACCUAGAAGAGAGUGGUUUUAAGCUUUGGGAUUUAAUACAGUGUUAAUGUAAAGACAUCUCGCAAAGCUAAAAAAAACAUUGAAACAUAAAUGCUUUUUUCAAACCAAUUUAGUCUGUCCAGCAGCUAAAACUGGCUUUAGAUGAUAGCCAAUAAAAGGCAAAACAAACAAUAAAUUAAGAGUUGUUCUUUGAAUUAAUUUGCAGGAAAAAAUCAUCAAGAGAUCAACUAUACUCUAGAGAUUUGGCAUAAAACAAAGAAUCUGAGAAAAGCACUCCUGAAGGUAAAUUCCUAAUGUGUCAAAAAAUUUUAACAUAUUAUUGGGUGAGGUGCUUCAAUUUUAUCACCACAAAGCCCUCAUAUCAGGCUCCUAUCAGGUGCGGUGUUAGCUGGUGUGGUGUUAGGGUUUUAAACAAAUCAAGAAAAAUCUGUUUUUGUAGAACUUUAACUCCUUUGAUACAUGCUGGGUGUUCAAAAUCUUUGUGGUCCUUCUUUGACAGGUUAGCAAAAAAAGGUCACUUCAUAAAAUAAGGCUAUGGGCUCAUGAAAUAGUCAACCACUUUGCCGAUCUUGCAAUCCAGGUUGUGACCUUACAGACAUGGAAGCACUGGAAAAGUUGAAUGUAUGUUUCAAAGCAGAUUUUAUCACCUCUUUAUAUUGUUCUGGUUUCUGAUUGUUUGCUUGAUUAUAUCUGUCUCAAGUUGAUUGCCAAGAGGUGUCUUCAUAAAUUAAUUUUUGACUCAGUGGAUUUUUUUAGUGGAUUUUUUUAAUGAGAUCUUAUGUAGAAUAGACUUCAUUUUCAAAAUAAUGGGUGCAAGAGACAGAUCAACAAAUAUAACUGGUGUAUAACACAUAAAUAAGGAGAAAGGUUGGUGUCAUGGGCCACACCCAUUUCCUUUCCUUUUCUGUGGCAGCUAGCACUGUCACAUUGUAAUUUGAAAGAGACACAAGUUUUAAUUGUCUGUCUUAUCAUACUUUUCUUCCUGUAACAAACAAACAAACAAACAACAGUUGGUGGUAAUAAUCUUUGGUAAAAGAAUAAAUAACAGAAGUGUCUAUCUCCCUUUGGUGUAGAAUUUUAACUUAAUUCUUCAGUUCAAACUUAUUACUUUUUACAUUAAAUUCAGUUUUAUCUCUUUCAAAAUAACCUAUUGUUGUUGCAUUGUUUUAUCUGUUAGAGUGACUGGCUUGGAGUUCUUCACCACGUAUGCAAUGGGCAUGAAUGGGUAGGGGGUGCUUGCAAACAUCAAAUAAUUGGUGAUGAUCAUGAAUUGCCAUGGUUCAAAGAGACAAAUCGUGAUUACAAGGCACUGCAACAAAUUGUUUUGGAUCCAAAAUUUUUAAAUUCAUUGGAAUAGUAUACAAAGUUUCGUCACACAGGAAAGCUAGCGUGUAUCAACAACCUAUCUCUUGCUUAUGCAUCCAAACGAAUUGCUUUUGCGUUAAAUAUUCCAAACUAUUAUUCAAAUUGACAUCAUUAACAAGAACAAUUAAAAAAUGAUGCUCCUGUUAAAAGUAGAAAAUAAUGGCUGAAUAUAUAACUGUUUUGUAAUUCUGGCUGUACAUGGUGAGUAACUUAACAUUAAUAGCUAAAUUUCCUCAUCUAAAACUGUGGUUUUAUUUCCUUCUAGUUUUGGCAAACAGGAUUUUUCCUCAAAUUAUGUGUUUAUCUAUUCAGAUUUGAUGUUUUCAAAGCAAGAAAAUGCCUAGCAGCAAUUGACAGGAACAUUCUCUUAAACAGAUCACCAGCUGUAAAUAAGAAAACGGGGAAAUUUCUUGUAACAAGAAAAUACAAUCCAAGAACAAAUAACUGGACAAUCAAGAAGCUGUUCCAUGAAAAGGACUAUCCUUAUGUCCCAAUGAUGAUCGCCAAGAUUCUAAGAAAACGAAUUUCAGAAUAUGGAGAGUUAAAUAAAAGUAAAAUUUCUGAAGGAAAGUGACCUAAGAAAGAUUGCUGCCACAAUUGGAAAAUCUACUCCAGAGCCUACUGCUGAAAUUGCAAAACGAUAUGUUAGCAGGCUUGACUUUGCAAAAAAAUAGAUUAUGUCAGGGGCAGCUGGUAGUAAAUUUUUUUUGGUAUUACUUUUUCAAACGUAUGGAAGAUGCUCCAAAAAGGAAAAUUAACAAUUUUAAAGGAGUUUCAAACCUCAAGCAACGAAAGCCUGAAAUACACGAUCAGUUUUUAUCAGUUUUUUGACUGACAGUUUUCAGUUUUUCAAAAACUGACGUCCUACAUACACGAUCAGUUUUUAUCAGUUUUCUGACUGACAGUCUUCAGUUUCACAAAAACCGAUGUCCUCACACGAUCAAUUUUCUUCCGUUUGGGAACGAGUUCACGUUUUGAUUAGAUCGGCUCUUUUUUACAAUGGAGCUUGAUCAAGAAACAACUGCAGUUCUUCUGGCUGCGGCUCUGGUCGUCAAAAAAGGCGAAAAUAUCGUAAAAAGAAAACAAGGUCUGUUUGGGUAAAGCCAUGGUUGAGUAGGAGGUUUGGUGUUUUACCUUGGUGUUUACGACACUCUUCUACAAGAGUUAAGAUCGGAGGAUGAAGGAGAAUAUAGAAAAUUUUUGAGAAUGAUGCCUGAAAAUUUUGACGAGUUGUUGGAGCUAAUCAAGGCGGACAUUUCAAAAUACGACACAAAUAUGCGCGAUUCUAUACCUGCAAAUAUUCAAUUAGCGAGAGCUAUAGUGAAUUGCAGUAUCAAUUCAGAAUCCAUUCAAGCACGUUGGGAGAGUUCAUUCCGUUGGUUUGCGAAGCAAUUCACAAGAGGUUGAGAGAUAAAUACAUGAAAGUAUGUAAUAAUCAAUAUUUUUUUAAAUAUUUCUCAUUGUUAUUAAUCUAAUUAUUCAUACAUCAUACUUGAGGGGCUUUUCGACUGCAUUGCUUGACUGGGAUAACUAUAUGUUGGGGAUUGGGGUGACUGACACACUGGAUGAACAUAGCUCAUUUGGUUUACAGGAAAAGAUUGAUUAUUAAAUAUUGGCAAUCUAUUCUGAGCUGAAGAUAACAUUUGCUCCCGAGACAACGCCCCACAUCGUGCUUGAAAAAGAAUUUCUUGUAUUUUUAAUUUAGCGUACUCCUUUGUCUGCUCAUCAUUAAUCUUUUUUAGGGAGCAUGCAACAUUUUUUCCAAAUAUAUCAUCCCCGUCUUCUGGUGUCGCCACUUUUGAUUGAAGGGCCGAUAACGCUUGGUCUAUCAGCAAAUCUUCUUUUGCUACCUUUACCAUUCUCUUUUGCCUUUUUGCAAGAGGCCUUUUCGUCGAUUGCUUCCUCAAAGUGUUGUCAGAAUCCUCCAACAAAUCCACAUUGAGAUUUUCUCUUUCUUUUUCGUAAGGGCAGCUAUCUUCAUCAGUAUCAGCCGCAGCGCAAUCAUUGUCCUAAGAAACAUAUAACAACAUUUACCUUUCAGACACCAUCAACAGAAGAGGAAUGGUUAAAAGUGGCUCAGUUGUUUGAAACACAGUGGAACUUUCCAAAUUGUCUAGGAGCCUUGGAUGGCAAGCAUAUUGUUGUCAGGCAACCACGAAAUUCUGGGUCUUAUUUCUUUAAUUACAAGGGGACUUUCAGCCUGGUUUUAUUAGCACUCGUAGAUGCAAAUUACCAAUUCAUUUACAUAGACGUUGGGUGCAAUGGAAGAAUUAGUGAUGGAGGCGUUUUUCGGAAUUGCUCACUGGAUACUUCCCUAGAAAAUAACAUUCUAAAUAUCCCCGGAGAUAGAAAAAUUGUGGAACAAAUGCAAGCGCUACCUUUCGUGAUUGUUGCAGAUGACGCUUUCCCUUUACGAAAUGAUUUAAUGAAGCCCUAUCCCCUGCGCAAUCUAUCCAAGGAAAAAAGAGCAUUUAACUAUCAACUCAGUCGAGCAAGGCGUGUAGUUGAGAAUGCUUUCGGGAUUCUUGCGAAUAGAUUUCGAGUUUUUUUAUCACUAAUGCUUUUAUCACCAGAAAAUGUUGAAAAAGUAGUUUUGGCAAGUUGCGCACUCCAUAAUUUUCUACGUGAGAAGUCACCUUUGCGAUACACACCCCCAGAAAUUUUUGAUGGUGAAGCUCAGGAGACUGGAAGAAUUAUUCCUGGCAGCUGGCGGUCAAAUGGCGAAAACAAAGUAUUUCAUUCAGUUAAUUUCAGUGGAAGUAAUAACUAUAAUCGACAGAGCAAGGAUAUACGAGAUCGCUUUUGUGAAUACUUUAUCACGGAUGGUAAAGUCCCAUGGCAAGAUAAAUUCAGCUAACUGACAUAUAAACUUAAGUACUUACCAACGAAGAUAUUGUUUUUCUUGGCUUGAUUAUGUCUCUUAUAAAAAGCAUUGACUUGAAGUAUGGCCACUUGGAUUUGUAAAUCUCGUCUCUUCCUGCCCCACUGCGUUGAUCUUUACUUUUGUUUAAUUCUUUCGAAAAGUAAGUUCGCAGAGUGUUGAUUUUUGAUUUUACCUCUGUCUCUAUAAAGAAAUGGAUAAUUUAAAUCCAGAUACUGUUUUGAGCUAGCAAAAACAGAUUUGGUAGUAUUGGUUUCCUAGGACCGUGGAGUAUAUUAUAGAUUGAGGGGGCUAAAACGAUUUUUGUAGAGAUAAACAUGCUUAAAACCGCUUAAAACCAAGAGCAAGAUGACUUUUUCUAUGGAUUUAAGUAAAUUUUGGAAAUUAUUGGAGGGAAUAAAGCCCCCUCGACCCCCUCCUCGCUUUCGCGGUCCCUGUCGAUCUUCAACAGAAGAUACUCACCUGAUAGUUCAAAUUUUUCUGCUAACUUUUUCAAACUAUUUGCCUUCUCGAACCUGUUCUUGUAAAUAUCUGAAGUAACAUCCCAUAAUGACUUUUCUUCCUUCCACGCUUCUAUGAAUUCAUCUGUAUUGAAAACUUUCUUCGCCAUCUUUAAAUCGCACUUAUCCACGCUGCUCUAAAAACUUGGCAUCUUGCGCAAGGGGAUUAGAGGGGCGCCAGCUUUAAACAAUGAAGUCUACAUAGAUGAAUAGAAAUCCCAUCAGUUAAAAAACUGACGAAGUUGGACGUGUUCAACUUUUUCAGUCAACAACUGAAGGUCAUUAAUGCAUCAGUUUUAUCAGUUUUUGCUAAAUACACGAUCAGUUUUUGACUGAAAACUGAAAACUGUCAGUUGAAAACUGUCAGUUGAAAACUGAUCGUGUAUUUCAGGCUUUAGAAUCUGAGCGAAUGCUGAAAGUUUCUAAGUUAAUUGGCAAAUUUAGUGCUGUAUCUCCUAGAAGAUGAAUGCAGAUACUUCCUUGCUAGCAUAUCAAAAAGAAGUCUAUGAAGUGCCUGAUUUCCUGUUAGUCUUUUUAAACAAACUGGAGAGCUGUAACUUUUGUCUGAAGGGCUUGCAAGCCGUGGUUCGUCGUGAAAAAUAUUUGGCGGCCCCUUCUUCUGAGCCACCAUGUGGGCUCAUUAUUAGAAUGGUGAUUGUAAUAACGGAAACCGCUUUGUGAAAUUCCUCUGAACACAUUAAAGGUUCAGUUCAGUUCAUCAUUCGACUGAAAUUGAAAAUUUAUUCAAUUGAUUUGAUUGAAAGUGGGCUUGUUUCUUGCAGAUCUGGCUGAUAGAUUUUGUAUUUCUAAAGGCCAUGCUUCAAAAAUAUUUACAACAUGGAUAAAUUUUACCCUUCAACAAGGAUUAUACUGGACUGUAUAGAAAUCUUUACAGAGGUUCCUUCUUCCAUGGUAACACAGUCACAGACAUGGUCUGAGUACAAGCACCAUAAUACUGGAAAAGUCUUAUUGGUGUAUCUCCUAAUGGGGCUAUCAUAUUUGUCUCAAAGCUCUGGUCUGAGAAAGUUUCGGACCAAGAGAUAACUCUGAAAUCUGGAGUACUUUUUCUCUUGGAACCUGGAGAUAACAUAAUGGCUGACAGAGGAUUUAAUAUUUGUGAUAUCUUGCCAUGUGGAGUUUCUUUAUACAUUUCCCCUUUCAAAGGUUCACGCAGCCAACUAACUCCACAAGAAGCUGAAGAAACAGCAAAUAUCGCAGCUGUUUGAAUACAUGUUGAAAGAGCCAUUGGAAGGGUUAAGAACUACCACAUUCUGGAUGGAGUAUUACCCCUCAGUUUAUCUCCUGUUGCCAACCAGAUUUUUACUGUUUGCUGCUACGUUACCAACAUCUUGCCUUUUUUAGUAAAGCCAGCAAAAUAUUAAGGAUUAAUAAACACAUUUCUGUAUUAUUUUGUAUGAAACUUUUUUUAACAAGCUAGUAUUUAAACCAAUGUUUGUAUGGGGUCAGAAUUCUUUAAAAACUUAUUGGUAGAUAGCAUAAGUAAUACGUUUUUAAUAAUACUGAAUAUAUUUAAGGUCCAUCAACAUUUUAAUUAAAUAUCAUGUAAAGGAUCCUUAAAUUUACCUUAUUAUAAUAACAAACCACAGGUCAACAUGAAAUGCCACUAGUAAUCAUGCUUAUAUAAUAAUAUGGAUCUGAGUUUGAUCUUUAUGCCAUUGUAAGGUAACUGCAUGUACAGCUCUAUAUGUAUGGUAACUGCAGACAAAUGUGUCACAAUUAAGUCUUUAAUGGGGCUUACCCAACUAAUUUUGUGUAAUGUUUAUAAUACCAAAUGGGGGAGAGUGGAAAUAGCAACCAAUACUCUACAAAUACAAGACAUCUAAGCUAAUCCCAUUAUGUAGAUAUAGAAGAGGAGAGUAUAUCAUAUUGAUACACUUAUGCUUACUUGUUUCUUCAAUUGUUUCAUGUACGAGGGGAGGGAAGCACUUUCAAAUUGGCCAAACUAUGUUAACAGAAUUUCGAUUAAGAAUGUUUACAAUACUAAUAUUAUUCUAAGAUGUACAAUAAAAGAUGAUAUGAUAAAUGGAAAAGGAAAAUGAGUUCAUGUCUUAUCAAUUUAGAGUCAUUCUUUAGCAUCAUAAUUUUCCCAGCCACCCUGCAAGUACAACUUUAAGCCACGUUUUACACGCUUUGUAAAGUAUUCAGGCAAGAUUGCACGACAAUAGAAAAAUUUCAAUUUUGGCAAGACAGAUCUCUCCACAAAGCUGUCAUCAUAUGACACCGACUGGAUAAAUAGAGGCUCAUUGCUGCCAAACCAGACAACCAAAUCAAUUCUCUUUAAGCCAGUGCAAUACAUCUGGCCCUGAAUCUGGUAGAAGUAAGGAUGACUUCUUUUCAAUGAAACAACUUUUCCUUUCUUUUAAAAUAUUUUGUUAUCCUCCAAAGCUGAGGAAAGAAAAGACUUUGAAUAUGGACACUUGAUUUCCAAGCCCCACUUCUCUUCAUUAAAAUGAACCAGUCCAUCAAGGGAAGCACCAAGAAAUGAAAACUUGCGCGAAAUUGUCAAUCCAGUCUCUUCAACCCAAAUACCUUGAAAUCCGUUCUCAGACAUUGUUUGCAAAUAUAAAGACCUUGCAAAGCUCUCUGAAGUUUUCAUUCUCAUUUUUGUUCCUUUUCAUCAUAAUAACAUGGGAACUUUUUAAUAAUAGCUUCAUGUUUCAUGAUGUCAAUGACAUUUUUCUUUUCUUGGAGCUUCUGUAUCAAAACUUCUGCGAACUUGAUGUAAUUUGUCAUCGCCAUAUAUUUGAAUGGAACCACCAAACUAAUCUCUCUUCUCCUUUCCUUUCAAAAAUAACCUUGAAGCAAGAUGGCGGGAUGGAUGUGUUAUGCCACAGGGAGUAUCUUUUUCUUUUUACCAAAGUUUUUCUCGACUUAGCAGUAAGCAGGAGUAAAGACGGAGGUCUUGUUGUUUUUUACCAAAUAACAAUCAGUUCAUUCUAUUCGAUUUAUGCACACAGAAAAGUUUUUCAUCACUUUUUAAUCUUGCUUCGGUUUAGGCCUAAACGAGCUAGGCCUAUUUUAUUUUAUUGUUGCAGUCUAGAUCAAGUUGUGCAAGUGAUGGGUGACGAAGAAAUUUUAACCUUGGGCGUCGUUAAGGCACUCAUGGAAACCCAAGCAAAUGCUUUCAAAAGCACGUUCAAGAUGAUGACUGAGGACAUUAAACAUGAUAUAAAAUCUGUCCAAUCAGAUAUCAAUGACCUCCGUGAAAGUUUGACUUUCUCACGGUGGAACAUAGAGAACCAAGAAAAGAAUCGAUCAGACAUUGAAAAAUGGGGGGUAGGUCCAAAUCUCUCAGCCAACCUAAGCAUGUGCUGCAAAGAGCGGGUGCUCGUAUUUGCAUACCUAAUGUUGAUGAGGCGUGCACCUGAGUCUACCUGACAGCAAUGAUUGCCUCAAGAGUGAGGUCCGGGAACAGCCCAUAAGCACAUAUUGCAGCCAGGAGUAGCAACAAUUGCUUGUUACUCUCUUGCCUCUUCUGAAACACCCUUUUGCCUAAGCAAAGUGCAACUUCAUCUCUAGACGGUCCCAACAGGAGGAUGAGUGCACAAGAAACCUACCCACUUGCCAAAACAUCUUAUUUUGGACAGCAUGGGAGUAGUUCAACGCAGCUAUGAGCACGUCCAACUCAGUGUGUUUUCUUCAUCCCAUGAGUGAUUGGAGAGGUCAAUCCCUUCCGCACUCAGGAUAACUUCCGCACACCCAUAGUAUGGUAGGUCCAAUUGAAAAAUAUUGUCCUUAGAAAAAAGAGGAGGCAGUACAUAUGAAUGUUAUUGCCAACAAAUGUUCCCACGUGCUUGCAAUCACCAUCAGGAAAUGCUGAAUGCGUCAACAUAUCCUCAUACCUAGAUUGGUUGCUGGAACGAUGCCCAAUAAAAGUUAAGCGUGCCCCCUUGCAGCCUGAUGGCGUCAUUUAAAACAAGCUUCAGAUGGAGAACUUUGAAUGGAUUUCUCAAUUCGCAGAUUUGCAAGCAGUUGCUCUGAUCCAACAUCCUGACUGCUCUCAUCAAGAGUAAAACUACCAAUGAGGCCCCCAGUCUGUGUGAUUUCGAGCUCCUUCUGCAAAUCGUACAAAAAGUGAAAUCUGCAAAUCUGUGAAAUUAUUAAUCGUACAAAAAGUUUAUAUUAUAUAGUGAUCUAACCUUGGUUGAGUUAGAAUUCUCUAGGCGGAAGAAAAGGGGCUAGUUUCGCAGCAAUAGUUAGUAGCAUAUCAUAAAGAAACAUAUUUUAACAACAUCAUUUAUUUGCGGAUCAUCAUUCUUAAACGUUUUCAACUAUAUUUUCAAAUGAUUACUGUGAUCUAGAAUUCUAAUUUUAUUGAACUCCAUAAUAAGAAAAGGAAGAUAUUUUGUUGUCUGUAUUUGAACGGAGUGCUGUUUCCUUUGCUUAGGCUAAUUGCUGUAUACAUUUAGGAAAAAAGCUCAGUACAAAAAUCGUUAUUAACUAUUAUAAUGGUUUCAGUUUAACUACUUGCUGUCACAACGAGCUUGAAACGUUUAAUACCUAGAUUUACUAAAUGUAGAUCAACGAUGUCAUACUGACAUUCUUUUAAAAAAAUAACUUCAGUUGGCACAACUGAAAGAAUUUAUCGAGUUCAUCAAAGCAACAGAACACUUUCCGUUUAUAGACAGACAAGCAAAUCAGGUUGUUAUUGGGCAUUUAAUAGCUUUUUUACUUAGGAAGUAACGCAGCCAAUUUUGUUGCAUGACCCUUUUUGCAUUUUUUCUUUUAUCAUAUCAUAGAAAUGAAAAUUUUCAUUUUAGAUUCACAAACUUCUGUUGAAAAUGAUGGAAAAAAUUUGUUAGCAAAUGACCACUGAAAUACUUACAUGCCUGAAAGAAAGAAAAUGAAACUAUUAAUACCUGCAUGUUUGAAAUAGUCGUUGGAGUUACAAAUGGAAUUUGGAGUUGAUUCUUACCAUUGUGUAAAAAACGAGGUUCCUCUUGAAAUCUGUACGAGAAAUCUAUUGAAGAAAACAAAAAAUAUUAGAUAUACAUAAUAUAGAAACUUUGACAAAACUACUCAAGAAAAUUUGACAAAACUGAUUGGAAAGUAAGCACUCAAAGCAGCAACUAAUUUAAAGCUAUUUGUGAAAAGAGUAUUUGUAUAUUAUGGAAUAAAUUUCGUUAUAACAGGGGCUAAGCAGCCUUAAAUAAGGAAAGAGAGUAAAAAACUAGAGACUCACAAAUAACGCUGCUGUUUGUAUAGCAACUGACAAUGCUGUUUUUGAGUGGGAAAACGCAAAGAAAAUUUCCUAUCAACUUGUUUGCUCGCAUAGAUGAACGUAAAUAUGAAAGUAUGUCGUGGCAAAGCCAGAGAGCUUUGCAAUAUAAUGUGACAUACUUUCCAAAAUGACGAGAAAUACUUUCCAAAAUAAACUUUUAAGUGGAUAGUUCAACGUUUAUUCCUUGGUCUUGAGAGAACUUCUGAAACAGUGUGAAAACAGACUCAUCGUGAAAUUUCUAAUGAGAAAAGUUGAAAAACUUAGUUAUCAUGCCAAAUAUUAUCUGCCCUGAGAUUAAGUGUUUUACUUCUUCUUAUCUAACUUUUUGCAAGGACAGGUUAAAGAGAUGGAAGAAGGAAAAUGAGGCCAGGGGCAUCAGAUGCUUCAGAGGGGUCGAAGGGGUAUGAGUGUUCGAAUUGAAAUGUCAAAAUUGCAAUUACACUUGUAACUUUGUGUGAAAUAAAUAAUCCAUAAGGGUUUUUGACUAUGACCUAUUAAAGUGCCUAUGAAAUGAAAUUUAAGUGAUUGAAAAAUUACAUUUCCUGAUAGAAAAAAAUCAGUGAAUCCAAUCAUGUAUAAUUUGAUGUCUUUUAUGCUCACAAAAUGCAAAAAAAGUCAAAAAGAUACUCCAAAAAAGAAGAAACGCAUAGAAAGUGGACAAAUUUCUUUUGAAGGCACAGGCCUAACUUCUCACCCACCUCCACUUCCCAUCUAUGUUCCACUCAUUUCGCACCAACAUCCUUUACAAGAAGAUUAGACAUAGGAAUCAGCGAUGGAGUGUAUCUAAAUUGGACACUUCAUCCAGAGCUUUUCCAACCGAAGAUACCGUCAUUUCGACAGCCGAAGAAAAAGGACCAACAGUUACACCUCUCGAGCGGCGACAGGUUGGGCCCUUAAAAUGUCAUGGAUUCUUAAAAGAAUAAAACCAGAUAGUUCGCUGUAUGCACUUCUGCUGUUGCCAAUUAACAAGUCCGCAUGAUGUUUGUUAGUAUUAUGUAUUAAGGAUAUUGAAAUAUUUCAAAUUAAACCAGCUAGCUGAUGUGUUAAAUGUAAUUUCAGUCUGCAGCUAUUCAGUGAUUUUGGUAAUUUUUUACAAAACCCGUUACUUUUAUGUCAUGAAUCUUUUUCAAGUUAUGGGAAUGAUUUUCCCUAAUAAUUUUAAACAUUUAUUCAUUAUCUUCCUCUACUGAAGCUUGUGCGAAGUUUGGUAAAUGAUCAGCUGCCACCAAGCCUAAAUGAAGACCAAAACGAAGACCAUUAUGAACCAGUUGCCCAUGAAUGUCUUGAAUGUGACGAGCUGAAACUAAAGCUUAGAAGGUGUCAGAGGAACUUAGGUAAAGCACGGUUGGCCAAGAAGAAAUAUAAAGAACAGUUGCUAAAGGUAAAUUUUCCAAGAUAAGAUGUUGGCAUUAGGAUUCAUGGAAAUUUAGUAGAGGAUGAGUGCUUUUAUGAAUGAAAAGUUUGUCAAAUCUGUCCAAGUAUGUGUUCAAAAGUUUUAAAAUUAAAAUGCUUAAUCUUAAGUUUAGAUUUUUGAAAUUAUAAAAGUAACUAUAAAUGUGUCAAUUGUAAAACAAAUCUUAAUUUCUUAUGUUUCUUUUUUCAUGGAAGUUAAAACAACUAGGGUCCUGAUUUUUGAAAAACCUUUUAAAAGAAUCUUAAUCCAAUGCUUGAAAUAGCAUAUGAAAACCACCUUUGAAUACAUUAUUUACUUUUCAGCGUUGAUAUUGGUGUUGCUGUGGAAAAUGAGCCAAAUUUCAUCGUCUUCUAUUCCAUGCUGUUGCAAAUUUUCUCUUUUUUCUGUUUCCAUUGCAAACCUGACGGACCAGCGAUUGAAAAAUGUUCAAAAAUGGAACAAUGGUGACUGUAAUACAAAGCUGUAAGAAGUGUGGACGCUAUUGUAAAUGGCAAAGUCAGCCACUAACACUUGGCAAACAUCCUGCAGAAAACAUUCUGGUGUGUUUUGGAUCGCUGGUUGAAGGAGCUUCGAUAAGCAAAACCAUAUUGAUUUUCAAGCACAUCGGAAUUUCAAUCUAAAAUAUUCGUACCUACUUCCAUCAUCAAAGAAAAUUUCUCUUCCCUACAAUUUUAAAACACUGGCAGGCAUAUCAAGAAAAGCUGAUAGAAGAGGCAAAAGCACAGAAAGACUUGACUUGGUCAGGAGAUGGCAGAUUUGAUUAUAUGGGGCAUUCAGCAAAGUACUGUGUCUAUUCGAUGUUUUGUCCUUCCAUGAUGAAGAUAGUUCACUUUGAAUUACUUCAGUCAAACCAAGUUGGUAGUAGUACAGCUGCCGAGUUGGAAUAUGCAAAAAGGUGCUUCCAGAAACUCCUGGAUUGUAAUGUCCUCAUUCCAGAAUUUACGUCAGACAGACAUGCUGGUAUUGCAAAAUGGCUGAGAGAACAACAUCCCGGCAUCACACAUUAUUUUGAUCUAUGGCACUUGGCAAGAAAUGUUGUGAAAAAAGUUACAAUGGGUGGAAAGAAAAAGGGUUGUGAAUUUCUGUUGGAAUGGGUUAAAGCCAUUAGAAAUCAUUUGUACUGGUGGGCAACCUCAACUACUCCUGGUUUUGAGGACAUGAUAAAAGCAAAGUGGCUUUCUCUGAUGCGGCAUGUUGCAAAUAAACACGAUGGCCAUCCAGAUUUGCUGUUUCCAAAGUGUGCUCACGACACUCUGGAGUGCAGAGAUUGGAUAAAAAUCGGCAUGGAUGUGUUUUUUGUAAAAAGACUAUAUUUUAUGGCAGGUGGCCCAUGGACUGUGGCUUAUGACAAACUUUUUGUUAUUGUGACCAACCCACAAUUGGUAAAAGCUAUUGGAAAACUUUCAGGGGAUGCGCAAACAAGUUGCAUUGAAGGUUUUCAUUCUAUGCUAAACCACUGGCACCCAAACAUGAUUGGAUUCUUUUAUACUGGUUCGGUUUGCAGAACUAUAACUGCAAUUCUGUAUUUCAAUAAAAAUAUCAAACGAGAGAGGAUGAAAACCAAAGAUGUCUUACUUCCAUGUUGUUUACCCAAAAUACAAGUUUGGGGAGGAAAUAGUUCGCGAGGUCUCAGUGCCUCCAACUUACGUUUUCGUUGAAGACUUGAAAAAUGUACUCUUUUCCACACCACUGGAGGAUUUCCAUGAAACAAUAUGACAUCAUGAAUCAUUGUUUCCCAAGCCCUUAAGCCACAGGUUUCAAGAAAGGCUGACUCAAAAAGCUGCAGUUGACAAGUGGAAGGCUAAGAAAAGGACAGUCGCUGAGUGCUUUCCACCAGUGAAUGAACAGUUGAAAAUGCAAGAAACUAGAAAGGCACAGAAGCAAGUAAGCGAGAAGACAAAUGCACAACAACAAAAGAGGGCACCAUGUUGCAGAAAAUGCAAUUUGCCAAUGAAAGGCAAUCAUGUAUCUUUAGUUUCAUUGGAGGAUAACAAUAUCCCUUUGCAUUUUGAAAUGUCACCACAUAUCUUUCAAAAUAUAUUUCUGUACUUGUUAUUUUGCAAUCAAAAUUUGGCCUCAAAACACUUAACCAAAAACCAAUAUGAAAGAAUUUUUAUAUUUCAAGUGAAAGGAAAAAAUUUCUGAUUGAAUGUUUUGAGAUUCUCAGUGUAUCAAUUUUUCUUCAUAAGAAGAGGGUUAAUCACGCUCCUCUGCUGUAGCAUAUCCUCUUAAUGAAGUAGUCGGGAACCGAGACCUGAUUUCUUCAUAAAUGCAGGCAGUCAGUGGUCUUGUGUUGUCCAAUCCAUAGGUCCAAAGAUCCACCUUACCAGCCACCUAUAGGCAACAGCUCAUCUGAAAAUAAAAGCAAACUUCUUAUUCUGCAAGCACAUGCCAUUAUAAUAUAUAUGCAUUGAAAAUGGGGAUUUGGCAUAGAGAUUUGAAGCUAGCAAAACUGAAAGAUAAGUUGUAAUCCGAUUUUCCUAAAAAAUUAUUUUGCAAAGUAUAUAAACCAUAUAUUUAUAUAUAUAAAUAUAUACCAUUCACCAUAUAUUUAUUAGGGUGAUCAACAAUAUGAUUUGGCAGAUAAAACAAUCAUAUACACAAUCAAAUACAAUUGUGAAGGUAACAAUUGCUUUCUUGUGUCACGAUGCUGAAAUUGGAAGUUUCAUUAUAGAAUUUUUCUAUUGAAAGUUACUGGUCAAUACAUCAGCAUAAGCCUCCGAUCAACUGCUAAAAUUUUUGUAUUGAACCUAUUCAGUUAUGAUAAUAAAUUGUUAUUUCAGUUACAACUAAUUUCUCAAGAAUAAUGAUAAAAAGGUAUUCUAAAUUCUUAUGUAUGAAAAUUUGCUCAUUGAAAUAUAUAACAAUGUUUUUGAAAUGUUACUUACUCAUUUUCU